CUCUGGCCGCCCAUACAGGGGAAGGACAGAGGUUGUGCUGAACUGGGAGGGGCUUUGGCCCCAGAGCAGGGUUGCUGGGGAGCUGGGAGGGAGUCGCGUGAGGACUGCCUGGCGCCUGGGAUGUCCCCCCUCUGCCCUGCCACACUCAGGUGCCUGAGGGCAGCAGGACCCUGACAUCCCUUGGCCCCAGGAAAGCUCAGGAUCACCUGGUCAUCCGGGCCUAGGCCGACAGCAAGCCACGCUCAGCCUCCCCUGAAGGCAUCACCCUGCCCCCUGGCAGCUGGGCAUCAGCUCCAGCCAUCCCUGCAGGGGCCCAUGGGCCAGUCUGUUCGGGUGCCCUGCCUGGUGGGCCCACCCCAGGGGUCCGGCAGGUCCUGCUACACCUGGGCCGGGAGGUUCUUGGAACCUUCUCUGGACUUUGGUGCUGGGAUCCACUCCACUCCAUGUGACCUGGCCAGCAUUCCUCAGGACCUUGACCCCCCCCAACUGGAUGACUUCAUUUUCCAGAGCUCAGAGAACAUCUCCCUGUGCUUUCCCAAGUCUGGACUUUCCCACUGCCCCUCCCUCAUCCCAGACUGAUGAGGUUGAGGAAGGGGCCUGUUUCCAGGCUCUGAGAUUCCUGCCCUAGCUCAGGGUGUGGAGGGGUCUAGGCUAGAGCUGUGCCCACCCACCCCCUCUCAGGCCCUUGGGUCUCCCUGCCCGUCAUUUGCUUCUGUCUCUGUGUCAAACACACACACACACACACAGAGCCUCACAUCCUGCCUUUAGGACAGGCUCCAAUUUCCUUCCUCCUCCCUCCACCCUCCUCCCUCCCCCCUCCUCCCUCUUAAAAGAGCAGCUCUUUCUCAGAAGUGGAAACCUCAGCUGGGAGAAUCUGUGAGAAGGUCACAGCCCCUGGAGAUCUGAAUAGCCAUGGGCUUCUCCAAGUCAGACAAAGACCUGAAUGAGGGAUUACGACUUGAGCUGCACCGGUUGGUGGACAAUUACUGUGAUCAUCAUCAGAAUGAACCAGAAGGAGAGGACCAGGAGUGGAUAGUGCUACAGGAGCUGGAGGACGGCUUCAACGAGGUCUUGCUCAACACCGUGGACCUGAACUACCAGAACGACAGUCAGGACUCCUCUCCGUUACUUCCCGAGGUGCGGCAGGAAUUGCGGUCCAGGCUCAGGAGGUCGCCUGACAUUUCCCUUGAAGACCAGGACUUCGAGAGCUGGGAUCCCAGGGAGUCCUUCUCUGACAGGGUCCUGAGGUUUUUUCAGAGGCUGCUGGGCUACCUGCUGCAGAAGUGGCGGGCCCUGCUGGCGUGGUUACGGCGCGCCGUGGCUGCCGGCAUGCGGGCCCUCUGCUGCGCGGUGGAGACCGUCUGGAGCGUGUUCCAGGAUUUCUGUUCCUUCACGGCGCAGGCCCUGGGAUUUACCAUCCAGGCCUAGCCAGAACCCCCUGACCAGUUUUGGUCUCCAGGUCUGACCUUGCUCUGGCUCCCAUGUUUUAAUAAAAGUUCGUGGAAUCC